GCUUAUUUAAAGACCACCAACCACUUCCAACAAGAAUCUGUUGACCAUCAAACCUUCAUACCCUUAUCAUCAAAAAAAUAAAAUAAAACCAAUAGAUUCCUUCCUAUCACUCUAACCUUACACGAUGGUCUACAAAGUUGCCGAUGUCUCCCUUGCUGCGUGGGGUCGCAAAGAAAUCGAGUUGGCUGAGAACGAGAUGCCAGGUCUCAUGUACCUCCGACAGAAAUACGGCAAGUCCCAGCCAUUGAAGGGAGCUCGUAUCGCUGGCUGUCUUCACAUGACCAUCCAGACCGCCGUAUUGAUCGAAACCCUCACUGCUCUUGGUGCCCAGGUCACUUGGUCCUCAUGCAACAUCUUUUCCACCCAGGACCACGCCGCUGCUGCUAUUGCUGCUACUGGCGUCCCCGUGUUUGCCUGGAAGGGAGAAACAGAGGAGGAAUACCUUUGGUGUAUUGAGCAAACCCUGGCUGCUUUCCCUGACGGCAAACCUCUCAACAUGAUCUUGGACGAUGGUGGUGACCUGACCUCGCUUGUACAUGACAAGUUCCCCCAAUACUUGGAGGGAAUCGGCGGUGUUUCGGAAGAGACAACUACCGGUGUUCACCAUCUCUACAAGCUCCACAAGCAGGGCAAACUGAAAGUACCUGCCAUCAACGUCAACGACUCAGUUACGAAGUCGAAAUUCGACAACUACUACGGAUGUCGUGAGUCCCUAGUCGACGGUAUCAAACGAGCCACCGAUGUGAUGUUGGCCGGUAAGGUCGCUGUCGUCGCCGGAUUCGGUGAUGUCGGUAAAGGAUGUGCCCAAAGUUUGGCCAGUUACGGUGCCCGAGUGGUCGUCACUGAGAUCGACCCAAUCAAUGCGUUGCAAGCCGCUAUGGCCGGCUACGAGGUCACCACAAUGGAAGAAGUCGCUCACCGUGCCAACAUCUUCGUGACCACGACUGGUUGCAGGGACAUCAUCGUCGGCAAGCACUUCGAGGCUAUGCCUGAGGACGCAAUCGUCUGCAACAUUGGUCACUUCGACAUUGAAGUUGAUGUGGCAUGGUUGAAGAAGACCGCGACAUCGGUCAGCAACAUCAAGCCUCAGGUGGACCGUUACACGAUGCCUUCGGGCCGUCACGUCAUCCUUCUAGCCGAAGGACGACUGGUCAACCUUGGUUGUGCCCACGGCCACCCGUCCUUCGUGAUGUCUUGCUCGUUUGCCAACCAAACCUUGGCUCAGAUCGCGCUUUGGGAGGACAAGGAGAACAAGACAUACCCUCUCGGGGUCCACAUGCUGCCCAAGGCCCUCGAUGAAGAAGUUGCCCGAGCUCAUCUACACGCCCUUAACGUCAAAUUGACCAGCAUGUCCGAAGCCCAGGCUGAGUACCUUGGCUUGAACCCCGCCGGUCCUUACAAGGUCGACCAUUACCGUUACUAAACAUACCCAUUCAAGACGGACGUUUGCUUGAUUUGUAUUCCAUUACCCUCAUUGAGAAACCGCGUGACGAAAGAAAAAGAAAUGCUAUGAUUUAGUACCGGCCGAUCUCUUUUUCUUCUUCUCAAUCAAUGUGCUGCUUUUGUAUCGAGAUGAAAAAAAACAGGCUUGGAUGGUCGUCUAAUCCAUUCAGCUCAAUGACUUGCUGUUCGGCUCAUGACCCUAUUGUGCCUUUCCAAAAGUCUCAUCUUGCCCAAUUUCAAAGUUUGAUCAAAGAAACGCUUGAUGUGCAGUCUCUGUAGUAAGCUUGA